UUUACCCAGUCCCAGCCGUCGCCAGCCAAUUAGUAACAGAGAAAGGUAAAGAAGCUAAAGCCACAGAACUGAUGAGCGAGUGAUGACAAACAAGGUUCUCAAUUCUCAUACUUUGCUUAAGCUACCAAAUCCCAAUUAUUGUUCCAAAACCACCUUCAUUUCAUUCCAAAUGAUUAUAAAGAAGUCUUCUUUUCUUGAAUGUUGAGUAAUCAAUUCAACAGACCCGACACCAUUAAUUUAUCCUAAGACAAUAACACCCUCCUCGUAUGCGCCCACCACCACCAACAACUAACUCUUGUUUAUAUUUAUAUAAAUAAAUCUCUCUGGUCUCGUUCUCCCAGAAUUAGAAUUCAAAAAAACUUGUCUUUUAAGUUUUAACUCUAAGCCAUGGCUCUUCCCCUGUUCCUCCUCUGCUUCAUGCUCUGCAUUUCACUCACACACCAAACGAUUAUGUUACCCCUAACACACUCAAUUUCGAAAACCCAUUUCAACAGUACCCACCAGCUUCUCAAAUCUACCUCCACUCGCUCAGCCUCACGCUUCCACCGCCAAACUCAUCAUAACUCCGUAGUCUCUCUCCCACUUUCUUCAGGAAGCGACUACACCCUUUCCUUCAACUUAGGCUCACACCCUUCUCAAUCCAUAACCCUUUACAUGGACACAGGCAGCGACCUCGUGUGGUUCCCAUGCGCUCCCUUCGAAUGCAUUCUCUGCGAAGGCAAAUUCAACGCCACGAAGCCUCUUAACAUCACGCGCUCCCACCGCGUCUCGUGCCAGUCCCCUGCAUGUUCCACAGCACACUCCUCCGUCUCCUCCCACGACCUCUGCGCAAUCGCACGUUGUCCUUUGGACAACAUUGAAACCUCCGAUUGCUCUUCUGCCACGUGUCCUCCCUUCUACUAUGCUUACGGCGACGGAAGCUUCAUCGCGCACCUCCACCGCGAUACACUCUCCAUGUCUCAGCUUUUUCUUAAGAACUUCACCUUCGGCUGCGCCCACACUGCGCUCGCCGAACCCACCGGCGUCGCAGGUUUCGGUCGGGGAUUACUGUCCCUCCCUGCGCAACUUGCGACCUUAUCUCCGAACCUCGGUAACCGUUUCUCUUAUUGCUUGGUCUCUCACUCUUUCGACAAAGAACGAGUUCGCAAACCGAGUCCACUCAUUCUCGGCCACUACGAUGAUUAUUCCAGCGAGCGUGUUGAGUUUGUUUACACCUCCAUGCUUCGGAAUCCGAAGCAUUCUUAUUUCUACUGCGUCGGACUCACCGGAAUCUCUGUAGGGAAGAGGACUAUUCUGGCCCCGGAAAUGCUACGGAGGGUGGACCGCAGAGGGGACGGAGGCGUGGUUGUUGACAGCGGAACCACUUUCACGAUGCUGCCGGCGAGUUUGUAUAACUCGGUUGUUGCUGAGUUCGACCGGCGAGUCGGGCGAGUUCACAAGCGCGCGAGUGAGGUGGAGGAAAAAACUGGCCUCGGGCCGUGUUAUUUUUUGGAGGGGUUGGUGGAGGUGCCCACGGUGACGUGGCAUUUUCUGGGGAAUAAUUCCAAUGUGAUGCUGCCUAGGAUGAAUUAUUUUUACGAGUUCUUGGACGGUGAGGAUGAGGCUAGGAGGAAGGUGGGCUGUCUGAUGCUAAUGAACGGUGGUGAUGACACUGAACUGAGCGGUGGGCCCGGGGCCAUACUUGGGAACUAUCAACAGCAAGGAUUUGAGGUCGUGUAUGACUUGGAAAACCAGCGCGUGGGUUUUGCUAAGAGGCAAUGCGCGUCGCUUUGGGAUAGUCUCAACCGUGACAAAAACUAGUGUUACUGUGUUCUGUUUACCACUGGAUCACUGCCCCCAUGCCAGUGGGUCGGGUCGGAUCUUGUAAAUGGAAAAUAAGUUGACGGGUUUGGGUUUGGGUUCAGGCUCCGUUCCCCAAUUCCACGAUCAUGUGUAUGUAAUUGACACUAGGUCAAAACUAAAACGUGAACUACAGGUUUAGAUUUUUUUAUAUUUUAAUUUUGUGAUAUUUAUUUUGUGUAUAAUAAUAAUAAUUAUUAUUUUGUUUGAAA